UUUACCGCGUUUUAUGUCAGGCCAAAAUUACAGCAAGUUUAUUUAUCGAAUACAACGCGCAGUGCAACAAAUAAAAUGGAUAGCGUGAUCGAGGACAUGUGGACGCCAUACAAGCGUCUGUAUCAGAUUUGCCAGUCGGCCAUAAGGAAUCCCAAUGAGAUGAACCCCGAUUUGGUGCAAUGCCUCAAGAAGCACAAACAGAAUUUUACCAAUUUGCUACGCAACCCGCCCAAAAGUGAGAAGAGUCGUGCCCAGCUGGCAACGAUAUCAAUGGAGGGUGUUAUGCUCGCCGGUCAGUCGCGAAAAGUGGUACUUUCGCAGGAGCUAAUCAAUGAGGCCAUUAUAUUGUCGGAUAUGUAUGAUCUGGAUGAGAUAAUUGCACUGGAGCUGCUCUGCUCAGCACAACGUCAACAGAUUCGUCAUCCGGGCUUGCCGCGUGGCCUUGUCGCCGUUCUCCUCUAUUAUGAUGGACGCAAGGCAAUUACCUGCACACUGCGCGAUAUGUUUCAAGCAAUGAGCGGCGUCACCUGGAGCACCGAACUGCCCAAGGAGAUGACCGUGGUGUUCGACAACUAUGUGCAGAAUCUGGUUGAGGAUUCGAAUAUACUUGGCCGUCUCUUGGAGUUGCUCGCCGAAAUGGACACCGAGAAGGAGAUCGCGUUGUUGACAAAAAAUCGUGCCUUUGGCUCGAAGCGUCAUCAGAAUCAGGUGCUGGCACUCUAUGAGAGCACACGCAAGGCACUCGCCAUGUGCCUGUUCCAUUGGUCCGCCCAGCGUGGACUACCCAAAAAUAUUGCCAUACGUCUGCUAAAGCAAUUGGCCAACAAUACACAAGGGAACACCAGCGAGGUCACACUGAUUAUGCUGAUGGCACUGCUCUAUGGCUAUGAUACGUCCGUGCUGCUCCUUGCCGAAUGCGAUAAUCAGCACAUAUCACGUCUGCCCAUUUUGAGUGAUCCAGAGUAUGUCAAGUGCUUCUAUGAGGCCAUCUAUGCCCAGACAACUUGGCAGACGCCACAAAUGGAUGUCAUCAUCAAGUACAGCUUCGGUCUGACAUUGGCCAGUUUGAGGCAGGCGCCCAUCGAUCUUCAGACAAACGCUGGCGCUAUCAUCAAUUGCGAUGAGCAGCUCAUCGAUGAGGCGCUUGCCGGCAAUGUGUUCACCUUCUUCCUGCGUGAGCUGCUCGAGACAAAUGUCGUCUACGAAGUUGAAUUCAUUUACCGUCGCUUGCAUCAGUUAAUUACGGAUUUCAUUGACUUUAUGCACGCCAAGGUAUCGGAGCUGCGUGGCCGAUCGGAUGAGACGGCCCGUGUAAUGCUGAGUUUUCAGAAUGCCGGACUCGAAUCGCCGCCAAAUCUGGAUGACAAUUUUGAGCUACUGAUGCUGUGCGUGGCCAAGUUAUAUGGCGAUAAGCGGAUACCCGUCACCCUGUGCAACGAGUAUUGGGGACCUACAAUUGCCAAAGCGACAACAACGACGCCACACAAUGCGGCCGCAAACAGCAAAUCAAACACAUCGCGUGCCGUCUCCUUGUUCAAGUUCAUCCGUUUGGCCAGUGAGUUGUUGCCGCAGAUUUUGAUGACGCCGUAUUUGAAGAUGAUUGCCGGACUGACGCGCACCGAAUUUGCGGCCAGAGCAGCCUUUAAUCUGCUCAAGGACUCACAGAAUGUAUCGUCCACCUAUGCGGUCAGCUGGGACAAUUUCUUUACGGCCCUCAAUUGUUAUUUCACGAAUAUGCGAAGCGAUCAGCAAUCGAUAGGUGGAUCGAUCUAUCGCAGCCGGCCGAUGCCGCGCAAUAUAGCGCCAAGUGAGACAGAGAUAAUGAUUUCUGUGCUGGGCAUUGUGCAGGCCGUUGCCGAUAAUGAUGAAAUCUCACGGAUUGUCAUCUGUGAGCACGUCAAUUGGCAGACGCCCCAAGUGCUGUUGGGCCUGCUCGCGUGCACCACAUCGGUGGCACUCAAGGGUCAAAUCCUAUUGACAUUGGCUGCACUCAGCAAAUCGAAAGAAUCGGCACGCUCGAUCUGGUUCCAUCUGGAGGAGUCACAAGUGAUACCCACAAUGACAAAGAACUCGUCGGCAUAUGCAUCGUUCAGUUUGGCGGAGGAGAUCGUACAGAACGAAUGUCGAAUGGAGACAUACAAGUUGAGUCGUGGCGUCCUCCAGCUGCUCAAUACGCUGAUGACCACACACAUGCCACAUCGAUUGGGCGCUGGACAACGCAAGGGCGGCUAUGAUCCGUAUUUGCAUUUUGUUAUCGAUAAGAUAUUUUUAAAGUUCUACAAUCGGGCGUACAAGGAUCCCGUGGAGCGUUGGGAAGUGGGUGCCAAAUGUAUGCAACUAUUAUACUUUCUGCUUGCCACAUAUCAGCCGAAGGCGGCCGAUUUUGAUAACGAUCGCGAUGACUAUCCGCAUCCAGGCUAUCAUAUAAUGCUGCAAUUGCAGGUCAAAUCGGAUAUGUUGCGUCUGAUAUUGCGCAUCAUUGAGGAGGCACAGGAGCAGCUAGACGAUUACAAUGAGUUCCGGGGCAAACCGGCGCUCGAGGAAUGCGCCCUGUACGCGCUCCUGCUGCUCGAGGUCGCCGUCGCCAAACAGAAUGCCUUCUUUGAGGCGGCCAAUUGUAGUAUUUUAUUGAUGGGCUUGAAUCGUAUGCUGCUCGAUUUGAAUCCGCGUAGCCGUCAGCCGGACUAUGUGCACAACAUCAUCAAGUUUGUCACGUACAACAGUUGGCUGCCCCGUCACACAUUGGCCGCCAUCAAAAUCUUGAGCGGUUUCACCGCCCAGCCCGAUGUCGUUGUCCAAAUCCUCAAUAUGUAUUCACCGAACAGCACCGAGAAACUGGAGAUACGUCGCCAGUUUAUUGAAUGCCUGGAAAUCGAUAUGCUCCAACUGAGCGAUGAGCAACGGCGUCAAUAUGAGGCACUCGAUCGCUUUGGCAAUGCCUAUCAUAAGGAUGCCACGGGUGAUGCCGGUGAUCUUGAUUCGAAUACGAGUUCAGUAUCGGAUACGAUAUCGGUUUCCGAAAUGGAAGUCGAAGAUCGUCAGCCGAUGCGCAUUGAAUUGCAGAUUAAAGAGGCAAUUGUGCAACUGUUCGAAGUCAAUAUCAAUCAGCCGUUGCCCAAUUUUGUCACCUUUCUGCUUGGCAUCGAUGUGAUGCGUGAUUUUAUGUACAACGAGCAGAUUCAGCUCAAUGUCAACUGUUCCUGCAUCAAUGCGCUGGUCUUGAUCCUUGAGCGCCAUCUGGAGCAACAACGUCAGAGUGAUAAAUAUUGCGAGCAUACGGCCCACAUUGUGGAGAGAAUUUACAGAUUGUUCCACGGCUUCUGCGCUAGUCCUCAGAUAUCGGAGGCAAUAUUGCGCUAUUUCCGUUUGACAUGCAAUGAUUUUCUGUUGCGCCAUUUGGGUGCACUACCCUUCCGCAACAAUCACAGGAAUCACAUGCUGCACGCGAUCAGCCACCUGAUGAACUGUGUCUCCAUCGAGAUACGUGUGGCGGCCUCGCAUGGCCAAACGACACGGUAUACGCUGCUGUGCGAUAUUUUGCUCGCCGUAAAUGCGGAUGUGCUGCACAAUGGACACAGUGUACCCCAGGAGUUGAGCACCAGUCUGCUAAUGUCGGCGGCCGGUAAUCAAUUUGGUUUGGGUGUGACGCCCUGUCGACAAAUGAUGCAGACAACGGCACCCGAAUUGCAUGCGAAUCGUUUGCUUGACUGCCUAACAUUGGAGACGCUAUCGUUGACUCAGCCGGAUCUGGAGUUCUUUGACGAACGCUUGGUGUCCACCUUGCUGACGGAGUGUACGGCAAAUGCGGCAAUGCAUCAACAUAGUGCUGGCGUUAUUAAUAUCCAUAAGCUGCACUGCAUACUGAUGGAUGAACUGCAUCUGGUGCAGAGCUCCAUUGCCAAUGGUCAGCGCAAGGCUGUCAUCGAUGAGAUCACAACACUCAUUCAGUAUGCCAUCAAUUUGAAUGGUAUUCGAAUGCAACGGCUCGCCACAUACGCCUUCAUGAAGGCCUGGGGUAAUCUUGUCCAGCUGCUGUUCAGCGCCAUGCCCGAAACGGUGCUGCCGGUUGCCGUUCGCAAACAGCAUAUUAUCGAUAUCAUUGAGAAGAUAAUGUUCAAGGUGCCGCCAACGCAGCCGCUGGUCAAGCUCUCCAUACAGGUGACGGAAACGAUGUUGGUGCUGCUCGAGAAUCUGCGUCACUGCUACUAUCAUCUGGAGGAUCAGCGUGCCCUCGACGAGCAUGGCAAUAUCAUCUGUUUAAAUGAUGCGACGCCCGGUGUGGAUGCCACCAUCGCCAACAAUCAACAGCAACAGCAGCAACAGGCCAAGAACAGUGCCGCAAACAAUGCGACGCAUGUUAUCAGCAGCAGCGUCAGCAGCAACAGCUGCAAGAGCAGCAAUCUGCGCUUCAUCCUCAAGCAACUCAUCGCCUGGAUAAUGACCUGUGAGGUCAAGUCACAGCAGCUGAGCAUCAAUCUUUACACCUCGCUGCUCUACUGUCUCCGGAUUGUGAAACGUGUGCGCAGCGACGAACAGAUCGAGUACAAUGAAACGUUAAGAACGCGCUCGGAUAGCUGUACAACAUUUGGGAAUCUGCAGGCGGAUGUGGAGCAGGAGAUGAAGCACAAAGAAAUGGCCGCGGAGAUAAUCAGUGAGUUUGGUGAGAAACUAAUUGAUACGAUCUGUCACGAUGUGACGACGGGACAUGCGAUGUGCAGCAUGCUGGCCCUAUCCUGCCUGGACAUAAUAUCGGAGCUGCGUGCGGUAAAUACCCUAUGCGAUAUUAUCGCAUCGCGUGGCUAUCUCAAGCAGGUACUCUACGGCCUGGCCCAAUCGGAUGUGGAGCUGAAGGAUGUGCUCAAACCGAUACCGGAUAGCCUUCGGCCCCUAUAUAUGUACGAAUCCCUAAUGGCAUUCCUAAUGCAAAUGGCGCAAACGUAUUUGGGCGCCACACAAAUUCUCGCUGAGGGUGCACUCGGUGUCCUCUCCAAUAUGCGGAUCUAUGAUAUGCAACCGGAUUUGAAGGCCAGCCAGCAAUUGACAUUGGAGCGCAAUGAACCGGAUGAUUUUAUGCCAGCGGUGGAUGCACGCUUCCGUUCGAUCCUGCUGCCGGCUCUGUCAUUUUGUGAUAGCAUCAUUGAUUCACUUGGCGCACGCAACACAUCCGCGUCGACGCAAUUGCUCAAUUUCCUCUUCUCGCACAUUGAUAUGAUUGAAGGCAUGUUGCGGGCGGCGACACCGUUCAUGGGUUUGGGACAUUUGCAGCAGCUGGCGGCGAUCACCAAUAUAUUUGCCCGCAUCACAUGCAAUGAUCAGGCAAUUAUGCAGGAUCAUCACCAUCUGGACAGUGGCGCCCCAUCGCCGGAGAUGACAAAUCGAUUGAGCCGGCUACGUCAAUUGUUGAUUGUUGUCCUUGGCCGCUUUACCGUUAAUGAGGCGACAAUUCGUUGCAUGAUGCAGCAGGAGCGCCACCAGCAACAAGAUCCCACCGACCUAACCGAGGUGGAUAAGUGGCAGCAUAUCAAAUACAUUCUGGAUAUAUCCGCCAAUCUGUCGAUCUAUUGUCGCGCCGGCGUCACAAGCCAUGUGCGAGACGGCAUCACCUCCAAAUAUCUAUUGACGACCAUGAUCAACGAUGUGACUCCCCUUUCGGGCAAAACGGACUCGAAGAAACUGUCCGCAAUCAUGGUGGUCAUAUUGAAUCAACUCAAAGGCUCCAUUGCCUACUAUUUGUCACAGAAGGCAAUUGCCGACAAUCUUGUCCAGCAGCGCGCCUCUCUGCCCAACAUUACAUUCGGGCCAAGCGGCAAGAAAAACUAUUUAGAAUUAAGCCAGCGUCACAAUGAUAAACGCAGCGAACUGAAAAUGUCCGUUUUCAUUGCGGAACAGAGUCUAUAUCUGCUCUGGAUCCAUGUGGAUUUCUAUUUUCGCAAUGCGGUCAUCUAUUCCCAGGAGAAUCGUAGUCUAAUCAACGAAACCUGUUUGGAUCCAAACAACAUGUCCGUACUGAAUGCUUCGCAGGAUGAGAUCGUCCAGUUGAAGCAGAUGCUCAUCUCCACAUUCAACGAACUGUUCUGUUCGCAAUUAAUCACUGCCAGCGAAGGAUAUACGACCAAAUGCAAGAACUUUAGUGCCGUCCUAUUGCGGCGCAUCAAGGCGCUUGUUCAAUUUGCACCACAGACCUCCUAACAUAUUUCAACAAAACAAAAUAAUACUUCUAUUUUUUCUUAUAUUAUUGUAAAAAAUAGUGUAGAUCUAGGUUUGUGUGUUUAGUUUUGAAUCGUGGUCGUUAACUUUAAAAUCCCUUAUAAUAAACUAAAGAAAAAAACUAAAAAUAUAUUGUUUAAGCUGAUUUUAAUUAUUAUGUGUCAAUUUAAAAACAACU